UUCGCUCGCUGUCCGGCUGACGGCUCCCUUCCACAUUAUCUCGGAUCGCUUUCGCCACGCUGCGACCCGACGCCAGUCAACAGUCCACGUUAUCAAACUGUGCGGCUACGUAAACACUUCUAUUGUGCGUUAAAUCACAAAUACAAAAGUUCUACCUGUUCGCGGACGUCGAAAACGAGUUACAAUGAGUAAAAUAAGGUCCGGCGUGAAAUAGAGAAGGGACGAGGCAACGCCGCGACGUUUUAUUUAUAAACGCAGGACCAAAGAUACGAAACUGUAUAAUUACUGUGUUACAUUUCCUGUGCGAUGUUGGGGGAGAGUUUUGGUUAAGAAGUUGAUAUUAGACGUUUACUGGGACUUAUUGCGAAUGUGUAUUGAAACGUUCAUCGCUAUUCACGGGCGCACUGCUAUGCGCCACGAUUUGGUGCAUUUUAUACGACACACAUCCUCCGAUCACUAUUGCGAAGGAAGAAUUUAGUUGCCGAAGCAGAUCGCUAUUGAUGGCGUUACUCAGCAUCCAGGGCGACUGGUACUUAUAUUUUUGGUUAAUAUAUUGCAAAAUCUAUUCAGCUAUUAUAUGGUUGUUCAGUAAUCACUGCCGCGGAGCUGAUAAGGUUCGCUCAGUGAUAACGAGUGGAGUUAGCGGACAGUCGCCUGGAGGCCUUCAGAGAGUGCGCACGCGACGCCGAAGAGCGCCACAGCAGCACCGCGUUAAACACAUCGUCGCUUUAGCAAGGAGACCGUCUCUCAGGAGGAUUGUGAUGGCACCAGGAGCAAGCACCGCACACGCCAUGAUGGAGGACAAAGAAAAAGCACUCCACGGGGCUUUGGCAACUGCAUCGAUGCGCUCUCGCCGCAUCAGCCAGUUUGCGCCUCUGCUGAUAGCGCUGGUGGGCCUGCCGGCGCGCGGCAAGAGCCAGCUCGCUCACAGGCUCUCCAGACAUCUCAACUGGAAUGGAGAGAGCACUAAAGUGUUCGACUGCAGCGAGUACCGUCGCCGCCACAUGGCGCUGUACGGCAGCCAUGACAUUUUCCGCGCUGACAACGCUCAAGGUUCGGCCAUACGCCGCCAGAGCGCGCGCGAGGCCGUCCAGGACGCCGUGCUGUGGCUGAAGGAUGGAAACAGUGUCGCUAUAUUUGACGGCACCAAUAUCACGAGGGAACAGCGUCGCGAGCUGAGCGAGUAUUGCCUCUCCGACAUGGGCUUCAGAAUCCUCUUCAUCGAAUGCGUAUGCGAGGACCAAGAACUGCUUGAACGCAACAUCAUCGAGAUCCUCCGCUACUCAGCUGACUACAAGUCUAUGAGCGAGGAAGAAGCCGUCGACGAUUUAAGGAAGAAGAUGGAACAUUACAUGAGGCAGUACGAACCUAUUGACUCAGACUUGGAGACUAUCAGCUUUGUGCGUGUGGAGAAUAUGGGCGAGACCGUCACUGCUCAUAAGGUGGCUGGGCAAAAGGAAUCCGGGAUCCUGGGGUACCUGUCCGGGAUGAGAGGAUCGCCGCAGACUUUGUACUUUACCAGGCACGGUGAGAGCGAGUAUAAUGUCCUUGGCCGCAUCGGUGGUGACGCGUCUCUCUCCCCUCGCGGGCUGCUGUACGCUCAAGCACUCGCAGACCACAUGAACGCGCUUGGCUGCCGCGACCACAUGACUGUCUGGACCUCGGAGAGAUGGCGCACCAAGCAGACAGCUGCCGACAUUAGGGCGCCCAAGAGAACUGUCCGGGCACUCAAUGAGUUGGAUGCUGGUAUCUGCGAAGGCCUAACAUACGAAGAGAUGCAAGAACGAUUCCCGCAAGAGUUCGCCUGGCGAGACCAGGACAAGCUUCGCUACCGGUACCCAUGGGGCGAGUCGUACAUCGACAUCAUGACGCGGCUGAGACCAGCUCUGUCGGCGUUGGAGGAUGAGCAUAAUGUUGUGGUGGUCGGGCAUCAGGCAGUACUGCGGUGCAUGUUGGGAUACUUCUUGGAUGCUAAGCUUGAUGAGUUACCGUACAUGAACGUGCCACUCCAUACCAUCGUCAAGCUGACGUCAUACGGCUACAAGUACAAGAUUGAGAUGAUCAAGCUCCCAGUGGACUGCGUCGACACGCACCGCAUGCAGCCCAAGAACUGCUCCAUCAGCAGGACCACAGCCGACGCUCUAGUAACGGUUCCCUCUCACUACGACACGCUUCCCUCGAACUUGUGGCAGGCUCCCAACGAGGCGCAGCUCUAGGCCUCGGCCGGGGCCCGCGCGCCCGCACUACCGCAGCAGCAUUAGGCCUAAGGCCAGCCCCGAGGCCCACACGGCAGUCCUCGGCAUGAAAAACCUUGGACUAGGAGAGCACGACACGCCAAGACGUCAGGAGUCUAGCGAUCUCUAAAGAAAGACUGGUGUGAGUGAGUUCACCGAUUGCUUUACACGUUUACCUAUACGUUAACACGCACCCCGUACAAUACCCAUUAGGUUAUAUUAGUUUAGUGCCAGACACUUACCUGCUAAGCUCAAUUAAAUUCGUACAAAAUUAAUUGUAAAUGAUGAAACACUCUGUGUGAAUCUUCCAACAUUUUACUUAUAAGACUGAACGAGUGGAUUAUUCGAAUCAAUUUCACCUAUUAUAACUGUGUUCUUGAGUAUUGGUAUAUGUUGCUAUGUUAUUCGCAUCUGACGCUAACUGACAAACAUACAUAUCUCUAUAUACUAGCAACAAAUAUAUCAAAAAUUGCGUCAGAAUAACGUUGAAUAGAUAGCAGCUUGUAUCUCGUAGGACGUAAAGUAUCCAGAUUUAUUUUAGUUUUUAGUUAGCCACUAAACUAAGUAUAGAUUGUAUUAAACAUUCAGUUAACUCUAUAUUCCUUAUUUCUAGCUCUAAUUAAAAUUAAGUUUUGCUAUGAAACGGAUAAUUGUCUAUGUUUAUUUCGCUAAUGCUAUGUAAUAGUCAAUGGCGGAUACAGGGUUGCUAAACCGAAAAAUGUUAAAGUUUGAUUUUGUAUCAAUUGUAAUCAAAGGCUUUUGAAAGAUUCGCUUAGUGUUUCUGUUCACUGUGCUAAACGAAAAUCUUGAGUAAAUCUCGCAUUUUCGAAGUCACAACUUGAAGUGUAUGGAUGUGACAUUCCUAUUCGACUAGUGACGUGACUUUGACAUGUCAGUUACAUACAUUUGAACUUUUAGAACGCUUAGAUAACUUUAACUUGUCUACAAACCCUGGAUCCGCCACUGGUACCUAAUAGUGUAACGUCACUUAUCGUGUGAAUCAUUAGCUCAUCGUAAGCCGGGAUUUGUUUCGCAAUCUUACUUUAUUACGGGCUAUCUUGCUUACUAAACUAAUGUAUUUGAUAGAAAAUGAAUGAUAAGUACCUAAUUUUAGUUCAAUCUAAGUUAUUAGAAACUCGGAAGUACUUAGAGGGAUAGUUUUUUGAUGGCCGGAGUUAGUGUAAGUUGUAGGUAAGUCAAUUAGAAUAGACUGCCUUCUUGGUUUUUAAGCCUUGGAAUAUGACAUGUUAAUAAAUGAUUAUCAACUGUCUUUGGAUGUAUUUUUGUAAUAAAUAGUAUGAUAAUUA